CCUUCGGAAUCGCAUCUCGAGACUCCCUAAGCGUCCCUCUCGCUGUGGGCGCCCGGGACCCGCGGACUCAGAGCUAUGUUCACCCGCACUCGGGUGGUGGGCUCCGGGCUCGGCGUCUCUCCCGCCCCCGGCCUGACCCGGGACCUCCCCGGGCGGCCCCCGGAGCCAGGCCGGCUGCAAGGUCCCAGACCCGGUUUGGAGGUGGCGCCCCAGAGCCCUGCGCGGGAAAGCCAGGGGCUCCAGAGCCAGCGGGUUCCAGGUGCAUAUACCAUGAUAGUACCAAACGAAAACCGAAGAAAUCAGAUAAAAAGGAUUGCUGAGAAAGAGCUGGAGAGUCUUGAGAAUUGGAAGGAGCAACAUAGAGCGAAGCCCAUUAACCUGGCACCACGGCAGUUGGGUGGUAGCCAAUCAGAGGCUGAAGUCAGACAGAAACAACAACUCCAACUGAUGCAAUCUAAAUACCAGCAAAAGCUAAAAAGAGAAGAAUCUGUAAGAAUCAAGAAGGAAGCAGAAGAAGCCAAAAUGCAAAAAAUGAAGGCAAUUCAGAGAGAGAAGAGCAAUAAACUAGAGGAGAAAAAAAGGCUUCAAGAAAACCUCAGAAGAGAAGCAUUUAGAGAGCACCGGCAAUACAAAACUGCUGAGUUCCUGAGCAGACAGGCUGCAGAGUUGCCAGACAGAAGUACCCAUCAAAUUGCUCUUCAUGACCCACAGUCUUCAACUUGGGCCAGAAGCCGGGCUUAUAAGGAUUCUCUAAAGGAAGAAGAAAACAAAAAAUUGCAAAAGAUGAAGGAGGAACAACAUCAGAAGAGUGAAUUACUGGAAUUUAAGCAACAACAACAGGAGGAAGAAAGGACCAAAACUCACCAAGCUGAACACAGGAGGGUAAAUAAUGUUUUCCUGGACCGGCUCCAAGGCAAAAGUCAACCAGGUGGCUUUGAGCACUUUGGGGGCCAUUGGAAUACGAAUAGUGGUAACAGCUGGGAUGUAUGAGAAAUAUUUACUUCGUCUGUCCUUUGUCACCUGACCUUGAAGAACCUCACUUGAUGAUUUUCCUUAAAACUCCUUUAUUUAUCUUCACUGUUUUUACCUUGACUUCAGUUGCCCAUCCACUCAGCUAAACGAACAUUGGGGAUGACCAGUUUUCCCCUGUUAUUAUUGAUGCAUGUUUGUAGAAUCUGAUUGCUGAGCUCAGAUUUAAUUUCUACUGCCAGUGAAAUGUUACACUCUCUCACUGGUUUCACAUCUUAUUGGAAGCCUAAUUACAGCAAUGUUAGUAAGAUAAAAAAAGGAGGGAAUAAUUCGAUACUUUUGGGUUUGCAAGAGUUAUGGGUGCUACAUGCUUAUCUCUCAAAGCAGCUAAUUCUUAUGUAAUUCUCAGAUAAUGCUGGGGGAAACUUUGGCAUUUUUUAGAUUAACCUCUACUUAAUCCAGGGUACAAACUUGAGCAAAAGAAAAAAAUAAAUCUUUUAUACUCUUUUAAACACAUUCAUAAAUAAAUUUUGAAAUACUUCUGUAUAA